UCUCUCCACAUUACCACCACCACCACCACCUCACCUCACCUCACCUCACCUCACCUCUCACACACACUCUCUCUUCAUCUAUUCACCCUUACCUGUACUCUACUCUGUACCUGUACUGUCUUCCUGUUCGUCCACCACCAGCUCGCCGCAUCACGUUUCUCAACCACACCACCGCUUCCACUUUGCCCCCGCUUCCUCCUCCUCACCUCCUCAUCCUACUCCUCCCCUCUGCUCCUCACGCCUCGCCGCGCCGCUCAUCUCGCCUAUCCUCCUCCCUCUCCUGCACGCGGUUGUCCACGACAGAUUGGAAGCAUCGACGUUGCAUCCAAAGGCUGGUUCCCUCCAUUGAUCCUCCGCGGCACAUCAUCGCCAAUCCUCUACCCGCCACUGGACAGCCGGGUCUUUCCUCCUCACGCGACAACUUUCGAAGAUCUGCACACACGCGCACGCACGCACACACACACACACACCCCAACCACCUCUCAUCUACCAACAUCUGCGAAUCUUCCGUCCAGAGAAGCCAUCGCAGCGUGGUGUUCGGUGUCGGUCGAUCUUGUCCUGCUUCUCCUCACCAUCCAUCCAGCUGCCGUCUGCCUCGUCGUACAGCGCGCUGCAGACAGCCGAGAUCUCCGUGUUGCCCCCUCUUCAGCCCAUUCAUCAUCCCGGCCAGCCAGCUCUCAGCUCCCCAAGCUUUCCAGCCGGUUCUAGCUUCUGGCUAACCCUACCUCUCCUGCUCUCACCUCGACGCUCGGCUCCUCAGGGAACCUGCCGCGGCUCGCUGCCUUUCUCUCAGCAGCGUCUCUCUCUCUUUCUAUCGCUGCUACUGCUACUGCUGUUGCCGUUGCCCUCCGCAUCCGCUUCUGACUCGCCUUCCAAGUUUACGUUUGCUCAGCGUGUCUGGCCACUCAGCUCACUCGCCUCUCUUCUCCCAAAUCUCCUCAUCCCCAUCCCCUCCUUAUCCAUCCACCUCCUCUUUCUGCCUCCUCUCCCGAGACCGUCCGUCUCCUCAUCUCCAUCAAUUCCCCGCCUUUUGCUCUCCCACCCCCUCCCUGCUCUUCAUUUCGACCUCGCCGCCCACUUCAUUCACCCAGUUGUUGUUGUUGUUGUUGUUGCUUGUUUGAGCCGAGUACGCCCUCGUCGACGCUCCAAUUCCUCUCAUGCAUGCUUGUUUGUGUCUUCACACUCACGCAUAAACAUCCAGAGACACUGGCCGCCCCGACUUCUCACCGCGCGUUCCCUUGAUAUUCGGCCUCUCCCAGCCUGUAUCGUAUCCCUCGUGUCACCCGCCGCCGCCGCCGCCACCGCCGCCGCCGUGCCGUGACACCGUUUCUUUCCUUCUUCCCCAAAUCUACUCGCCUGCGUCCUCCUAACUUUCGCCCGCCCUACUGCUACCGCCGACGCAUCCCUCUCCGAAUACCAGCUUCUCGCUCCGUCGUUCGCGCGGCCCCCCCUGCAUGCUUCGUAGCAGCAACGCCUGAAGUCACGAGUCGCUUGGAAACGCCGGCCGCCACCGCCCGUGGUCCAGCUUAUGCUCACGAGAGCCUUGCAUCGAAAGGGACCCCCAAGACGAGUGGUAGCAUAGAAUACCUCGACCUCCACGCUUACACACCGGCUCUCGAACAGAGGUUGAAACUUCUCCCUUCUUUUCCGCAAUCCCCAUAUCGAUACACGGCGCGUCACCCCGCAAAGUAUCCCCUUCCGAGGUCAACUCUGCUCCGCCUUCUUCUUUCUCCUCCCCCUCCUCCUAUUUCCCCCACUUUCUUGUGCUGUGUGACCUCGGAGGCCCUCGACCUAUCUAAUCAUACCUAACCGAGCAUACUGUGUUCCCUUCCUCUUCUACCCUAGCCGCCUUCUCGAGGAUAGGGCUUCCACGGAAUGCUCCCUCUUCAGUCUAUAGAAGGCAUGCCUCCUCACGGAGUCUCUGCUGCGCCUGGGGAGAUUGGGGAGGCCCGCCAGCAAAAACCCAAGACGUUGCCGUGCAAGUAUUGCAGCAAGCGCUUCAGGCGUGUGGAGCAUGUCCAGAGACACGAGAGGACGCACACCAAGGAGAAACCUUUUGCCUGCGGUUGGGCUCGUUGUGGGAAAACGUUCGGACGACGUGAUCUUCUCGUCCGCCAUGAGAAGCUCGUCCAUCUCAAUGAGGGCAGCAAGGAGAACAGCCGCCCAAGGAAGACUUCUUCCAGCACCCACAACCCGCCAUCUUCUUCUGACAGUCAUGUCGACCACGAGAUGCUGGGCGUCCGCCGCCCCUCUCAGUCGCAGUACCACCAGGAGUCGAUAACCGCUGUGGCUUCCACCUUGGGCCCGGAUCCUCGCAUGCCAGGUCCGGCCCGUGCCGCUGCCUGCAACCUCGACUUGCUCUCCGAUGCGGCUCUGGCCAGCGAAGUAAACCCUAUGCAGCAACCCAUGAUGUCGGAUAUGGGACGUCCACCUUCGGACCAUGCCAGGAUCAAGUCGUAUGAGGAAUCGAUUGGGUAUCCCGAGCGCCCGCGCGAGGACCAGAACAUGUUAGCCCCCGGCUUCGCUCCCCAGCCCCAGCCCGCGCCUUACGACGACUAUCACAUCUUCCUUGACGACUUUGCGCCUUCCCACUACCUCCCGCCUCCUUUCGAGUCUGACCAACAGAUGGGCGGUCUCUGGCCGCGCUCCGGCGACUUGCAUCAUCGUGGGCCAUCCAAGCCAUCAUCACAGUUUCCUUCGCGCUUUCCCUCGGUCCAGCCCGACGGCCGGGAGGGGAUGGAGGGAGGACCGCGGAGCCACGACGAGUCAAUGAGAGCACCCCUUCGGAUCUCCGCCGCAGACCAUACUGUCAUCAAGAACAGACUUGAGGAGUUCUCAUCCGUCAUCCCCAACGACUUCGUGUUCCCCUCUCGCCACACCCUAACCCGCUUCCUCGAGGGCUACAUCAGCGGCUUCCACGAAUACCUCCCCUUUCUUCACAUCCCCACCCUGACACCCGCCGAAAUGGCACCCGAGCUUCUCCUCGCCAUUCUGGCCGUCGGUGCUCAGUAUCGAUUCGAAAGCCACCGAGGUCACGCCUUGUGGUACGCCGCAAAGGCCGUUGCCCUCGAGCAAAUUCGACGUCGCCAUAGUCACGAGGUGCAUGCGCUGCUCCCGACACCAGCUGCAUACAGCCCGCACUCGACACGACCCUCCCCCAGCUCCGGGUUUCGCCACACGUUUGCUUCGGCACAACAGGACCGCCCAAUGACACAGGACACUCACCGAGAGCCCUUCUCGCCGAAUACGCCCCAAGCCCGACUGGAGACGACCCAGGCCGUCCUGCUGCUCUUCGCAGUAGGGCUUUGGGGAGCCAAGGCCAUCCUACACGAGGCGCUGUCCCUACAGAGCCACCUCGCUAUGCUGGUCCGUGAAGAGGGCCUGGUCGCCGAGUCCAGUCCCGGUGUCGCGCCGGAUUGGGAGACUUGGAUCCGGCUCGAAGGCGCCACGCGGACGAAGCUGAUAGCAUACUGCUUCUUUAACCUGUGCAGCAUUGCGUACAACAUGCCGCCCUUAAUCCUCACAUCGGAACUUGGCCUCUUCUUACCCUACCCAUCACGGUUGUGGAGGGCCGAGUCAGCGUGGCAGUGGCAGGAGGACCGACAAAACUACCCGUCCGCCGAGAUCACUGUCCAUGAUGCCUUUUCUAGAGUCUUGACAACCUCGCCCCAAGGGCUUCCGCCGCACAUGUCGUCCCUCGGGAACUACGUCCUCAUCCACGCCUUGCUGCAGCACAUCUACCUGCUGAAGCAAACUUCGUUUGCGCUGAGCUCACCUUUCGGGCAUCAGAGAGGUCUCAAACCGGAGGACGUGGAGGAGGUCACGGCGGCUUUGCGGAUAUGGCAGGUCAGUUUCGAGCAUCGACACCAAUUGCGUGCUGCCGACGCAGGGCAUGUUGGCAACAGCGACUCGUUCCCGGGUGGCCCGGUGGCGUUCAAUUCGACUGCUCUUCUGCGUUUGGCGUACAUUCGUCUGUACACGGAAAUCCCGCCCAGCAGAUCACUCGAAACCCGGGACCACAUGCUGGUCGCUUCAUCACUGAGCAACAUGCCCCUUCUGGUCCGCACUCUGAGGCUGCACAGGGCCGUGUUCCAGGCAAUCCAUGCCCUGUCCAUGUUGGUCAAGGCCGGCGUCAACUACGUUGCGAGGACCAAGAGCCUGGAAUGGAGCAUCCAACACUCGCUGUGCAACUUCGAAUGCGCUAUUCUUUUAUCCAAGUGGCUACUCACCCUCGCGUCGAUCGGACCGAACGACCCCCCUGCGACGCCGGAAGAAAAGAACCUUCUGCAGUCAGUCAGGAGAAUGCUCGACGAGACAGAGUUUGCUGUGCCCAUCGAUCCGUCCCUAGGCGGGCCCGCUGCCGGCCAGCCUGCCAGCAGCGAAGUUUCAGCCAACGACAGCACACGGCUGAGGCAGCUGGCCGCAGCGGUCAUCCGGCUCUGGGCGGAGACGUUCAAGGGCUCGCACAUUUUCGAGAUGGUCAGGGUCAUGGGCUCGAGUCUCGACGGGUACGCCGACUUGGUCGAGAAGCCCCGGGACAGGACGCCCCUGGGUCGCAUCGCCCAUGAUCCCAACCUCGGGUGACGGGCCCGGACAGCGAUAUAAUGCACCUUGUACCAGAUGAUUGGACCUCACGGAACUAUGUGGAUUCUCAGCGAGUUAAAGAGCCUCUUUUCGGUGUUGGGGCAAAGUCGACCGUUGUGUGCCAAGGCAUGCCCCUCUCUCCCGAUUAGGUUGUUUGUAGCCCAUUUUCGUACCUUGAGAAGCCGCCCCCCACCCAUUCCCAUUUCGAAAAGAGACAGGCAGUGCCAUGACGACGUUCUCAAAAGGACUGUAGCGUUGCCGUGUGGAUGAGGGAUAAAGCGGCUCAUCGGCCAGAAGCGUUUGACGUCGAAUUGCUGAGAGAGUGAAAGAGAGAGGGAGACAAGGGAGCGAAUUGAAGUCUGGCGUGUCGUUAGCUUUCCCCGCCCUAGCAUAUUGGAGAGCACCCCCGGUCGGGAUUUCGGCGCGUCGAACCGGCGGAGUACCGACAGACAGGUACCAGCUAGAAUUCGGAGGGUAAGAAAUCAAGGAACAAGGGGGAGGGGGGGACGGUCCGGCUUGGCGUCUCUCGCGCAUGGUGUUUCAACGUAUCUUGGUCAGUCAUGUAGUAGGGGGAGGAUCGGAGAAUAGUUGCAGGUUGGCCGUUGUUUUGCUUUUUCUCGCGCUUGUACAGUUUAUUUGGUCUAGGCCCGCUUGCCCCUCGGUUCGAGGGGGGUGGUCGCGUUGCUGCUGCUGUUGCUGCUGCUACUGCUACUGCAGCUGUGCGGCGACAUUGCGUUUUGGAUUCACGUCGGUGUUGAUAGGCUGUGGAUGAAUAAUGAGAAAAAGAGAUGUCUU